UUGCUUAAAGAACACAGGAAAGUCCCGGAACAGAUGAUUAAGAGCGAAGUAUUUACAGCGAUUAAAGAACGCAUAAGACACUUUUAUUUAAAAUUAAUAUAUACGUUUUUUUGUUAAUUUAUUGUGCUAAUUCGUCCACCGAUUUUAUUUCGUGGUGAUUAGAAAAUAGAAAGAACAGACAUGGCAGAUACAUUCAGUCUUCAAAGGGUUUUGGAAACAUUCAGAUCAAGUCUGAGUGAGAAUAAGGAGGUUUACAUUAAAUAUUAUAUAGCAGGAUGGCAAGAGUUGGUCUCCUUUAUGAAUAGUUUAGGGAACGUGUUUUCCUUCAUCUCCAAGGAUGUGGUCAGCAAAAUCCAGAUCUUAGAGAACUUCCUUUCAGGAGAAAAUGGGUCCCAUUACGUCACCAUCCAGUCCAUGGUGAAGUACGAGCUGGAAAAUGACCUGGUGGACCUCACUAAAAGAGGCAGCCACCCAGAAUCCGGCUGCCGCACUCUUCUGAGGCUCCACCGGGCUCUGCGCUGGCUGGAGUCGUUCCUGGAGAGGCUUCGAACCAGCGCCGAUGACAGCAAGACCUCGGUCAUGUGUUCUGACGCCUAUAACGAGUCUCUGGCUCAGCACCAUCCCUGGCUCAUCCGGAAAGCCGUCGGCGUGGCGUUCUGUGCCCUUCCGGGGCGCGACACGUUCUUUGAUGUGAUGAAUGCGGGUGAUCACACGCAGGUGGUUGCUCUGUUGGGAGAGUCUUUGCCUCUCAUUGCUGAAGUCUACCAGAUCACAGAAGACUUGUAUGCGAAAAACAACCUCCUGGAGUUACCGUAGAGGGGGACUGAUAUAUAUUUUACUCAAUACACUAAUAGUCUUUGUGGCACAUACUCAUUUAUUUACUUAUUUGACUGUCUUACCUGUUAGAUAACCAAAGGGACAUGCAAUAUGUGGAUUUAAUGCACAUUUUAGGCAGGGUUCUGCUCAUUUAAGCUAUCAACUACAUAACACCAAGUGGGCAUUAAAUGCUGGAUGUACUUCACUAUAUUCGAGCUUAGGGAACAAUAAAAAAGCCAUUUAAAGGCACAGGGCGUGUAUGAAGUAUGGAAGUACUGUAUAUUUGAAUAUAUAGGUCAUUUUUUCCUCCUAAUUAUUUAUUGGAAAUAAUUUUACUUGAAUUUGUGUGGAAUGUGCAUCAUACAUCUGCAGCUUUGCUGAAACUACAAAGGGAGAAAUGUUGUGAAUGUAUAAAUAAUUAAUAUGUAAUGCAAUAAUUAAAUAUAAUAUUGUGAGAAAUGUGCGUUAUGUAAGCUG